AUGAUGAAAAAAGCAGGGAAAUCGAAGAAGCGUCGUCCAUUUGCUGCCGAUAAACACAAUUUUAAAAGUCGAGUGGAGACAGUGAAUAAAACGAAUCCGUUUGAUCUGCAUGUGAAUCGCUUGAAACAUGAUGUACUCGGAAAGAGACGUAAUUAUGAAAAAGGCGGUCAGCCACUCAAAGCACGAUCACGUGGAAUUGAAAAGCGAAAACGAACGUUGUUGAAAGAAUUGAAUUCGGUGUUCAAAAAAAGUACAUUUAUCGAUCAUCGUCUGGGUGAAAAUGAUCCAACGUUAACAGCCGACGAAAGAUUAAUGCAACGUCUUAUUGCUGAGCGAUCCAAAGCACGUCCUGGAAGAGAGAGUCGUUAUAAUUUGAACGACGAAGAAGAUUUAACACAUUACGGUCAAUCACUUUCGAAAUCGGAUGAAUUGAAUCAGAAACCAGUUAUUGAUGAAUAUGACGACGAUGACGAACCAGGAAAAGGUCGUUUGAACUCCGAACAUUUCUUUGGCGGUUUUAAUUCAACAGGUGAACAACGGAAACCGCAAACGAAGCAAGAAUGGAUCGAAAGUAUGAUCAAAAGUACGAAAUUGGAUAAAUAUGAACGACAGCGUGAAAAUGAGAAAAUCUUCGAUAUGACCACGACACUCGACGAACAAUGGAAAGCAUUGAGUAAAUUAGUCGGUGUUCGAGAAAAGCCGACGAAAGAUAAUAAAGAAACAUCGGACGAUUACGACAAGCUCGUGAAUUCGCUCCGAUUCGAAGCUAAAACGACGGGUGCACCAAUUAAGAGUGUUGAGGAAAGAGAAAAAGAAGCAGCUGAACGUCUGAAAGCGCUACAGGUUGAAGAAAACGAGCGAAUGGAACGACCAGCAUUAAAAUCAAUUUUAUCAAAGAAUCGAUCUCAAACGCAUGCUUCCGUCGAGGAACUAGAUGAAAGUUAUUAUAUCAUGGAUGGAACGAAGAAGCGUGUGACAUUCAAUGAUGAAGAUGAAGAUGGAAAAAACGGAAUUGAAGCAACAAAUGGAACAGAAGAAAUAGCAGAGAACGAAGAAGACAAUUCAGAAGAAGUUCAUAAUGAAGAUCAAGAAAAUGACGAGGAAGAGAAUGGUGACGAGCCAGAAGAAAUAACCAAUGGCGAUUUGCUAGCCGAAUUUGAUGAAAUUCCAGCCACUGUUGAUAUACUCGAAGAUCGUUUAAGUAAAGAUAAGAAUACAUUGAACGUUAUCUGGAAACGAAUUAAUGAUAAACGAUUACCACCCAUUCCAAAGAAAGUUCUCACUAACUAUUUCGAUGUUCUCCUUGAUUAUUACACUUCUAUCGCACCGAAUCAAAUUCUUUACAAUCGAAUAAGUAAAAAUCUUCUGGAAUUGUUGCAAUCGGUGAACAAUGAUGAAACGAAAACGAAUAUUUUGAAUCGUUUGAAACAAUAUCAUGUACACCUAAGCGAAGAAAUUGAAAACGCCAAAUUCGCUCAAGUGGACGUCUCCUUAAUUGUGUUCUUGAAACUGGUUGCUUAUUUAUACCCGACAUCAGACUUUCGUCAUCCCAUUACAACGCCAGCAAUGACUUUACUUGUUCAAGCCAUUCAACAUAUUUCCUUAAAUUCUCUUUCGUCUUGUCGUCCAGCGUUGCACUUAAUCGAUCUUGUGAAACUGUGGAUAGCAAAGAGUCAUCGUUACGUUCCAGAAGUGAUGGUUCUAUUCUUGAAAUUGCUUCAACUCGCCUGUCCAGUCGAUAAAUCGAAACAUUUCAUAUCGUAUCCAGCAAAACAGAUAGGAAAUAGUCAAUUGCUUGUUCUGAAUAAAAACUUGAAAUCAGAGUCCACGAAAUUAACUGUUUUCGAUACUACUGACCUUGAUGAUGAUAAUGAUGAACAUCGAGCACUUAUCCUCCGGACAUGUCUCAAUCAUUUCAUGGAUUUUCUUAAUGUCUACCAAUCUCUAUCCGCGAUUGUCGAAAUCGUUCAACCAUUCAAAACGCUUCUUCAGACACUCGCAGAAACAUCGAAGUGCAGGAGUAUUUCCGAGCAAAGUCGAGAAAUCCUUCAAUUAAUCGAUACAAUUCAAACAACAUGUCUCUCCAAUCGUAAACAUAUUGAACUAUGCAAAGAACAAACCAAAAUGAUACGAUUAUACGAACCACGUUUUGGUCUUGUUUACGAGGGCAAAAAGAAUAGUCGUUUACCGAAAGAGUACGCUGAACGUCUCAAAUUGCGGAAGAAAUAUAAACGAGAAGUCAAGUCGACUACUCGUGAGAUUAUACGUGAUAAUGAGUUUAUCGCACGAGAAGAACUUCGACAACAGAUGGAAAAAGAUACUCAACGCAAACGAAAAGUCAAAGAUAUUCUAUCGGAAUUGUCAAUGCAAGAAGGAGAAUAUCGCAAACUACAAAAAACAAAAUAA